GACAACGUUAUGACGACCCCAACAACAACCUGUACGACCCCAACUACCGCCAGCCGUCCAGCUUCGACCCAGCCGGUGGUGGAGCGUACGGCAGCCAGCCCUAUGGCAGUAGGGGGUACUACGGCCGCUACAACGCAGCCACUGCUGCCUCUGCGCCCAUGGCACUCGUGGCCACCCUCUUGGCCGCAGUGCUCGCCCUCGGUGUCCUGGCUGACAGACGAUGAACACAUUAGGUCGCUGUUUUGACACUUAAAUCAGAUAUGCAGUAAAGGCGGAUGCAUCAGCUCACUGAGAGGAAAAGUAGCUCUGGCUGGAGAAGAGUAUGUUUAAAAUGUUGGUGUGUUUUGAUUUAUGCAAGAGUUAUGAUAUGAUUGUGUUUAUGAACAUUCCGCAAGUCCGUCCAUUAUGUAAGAGAAGGAGACUUUGAGCUUAAAAUUAUUUUGUUUUGCCUCAGAAUAGGUUGUGUUUUUGUUGAUAGUUUUAAUCAGAUCUCGUUUGAUACAAAAUCCACAGAUUAUUGUUUAUUGUUGCUGUAAUUGCAAAUUCAUGUUAAUUUUUUUAUGGUGGUGUGCAAUGCAACUGGUCUUUUAUUACAUUUUUUUAUGAAUUUCGUUACUUUUCUGUAUCUAAGAUCAGACAGAAAUUUAUUUUAUUAUGACACAUUGUAUAAAAAAUUAAUAGAUCUAAGUUAAUUUUAGUUUAUUGAUGAAACUUGUACUUGAAGCUGUGUGUGUGAAAGUAACCGCUCAGAAUGUUUUCCAUUUUCUGUCGGACUAUUAUGAAAGCUAAGUAAUAAUUCUAAAUCGUUGAGGAAAAGGAUUAAAUGUCUGAUUGACUGUUGUGUUCAAGCCUAAUCGAAUGGAUCGUUUGUGUAAUCCACAGUUAGACCUGAGCCAGUAUUAUCAGCUGAACUUUUUUUACCUGAGAUAAAUUAUUCUAGGGGAACUAGAACUGUUUUACUACUGCCCGGUCUACAAUAUGUUGUAUCCAAGGUGUAUAUUAGACUUAUAUCGCUCAGUAUAUAGCCCAUGCAAUCUCUUCUGACAUAUGACUAUAUGUUACAACUUAUUGUAGACCAGGUAUCAAGUAUAUUCAGUUAAAGAUCUCCCUCUUCAUUUUUACUAUUUCCAGAUAAAACAAGUCUGCUUAUCUUUAGGCUGCACAAGAUCGAUCAAAGUUAAUUCUGCAAAAAAUUAAAAAUUGCAUUGAAGAGUAGAAUUUAUAAUAAUAAAUAGUUAGUAAUUUAACCAACCAUGUCUUGACGUUCCGUCUGCUGGAUAUUAAGUCACCUUUUUAUGAUCAUUAAGUAUCUAUCUUCUUUGGGUAACACAUAGUAGAAUUCAAUGUAGCACAAUUGCAUUUCCUAGAAAUGUACAAUGUACCCAUAAGCCAUUUGCCAUGCAUCACACUGACAAGGAUGCAAGAAGAUAGAAUUUUGAGGUACAAAGGAUUGGAGACUAACUUAUUGUUAGUAUAAACUUGCCAGUCCCAUUUCUUUGUACAUGAUAUCCUAAGGAUGAAGCUGCAUUCAUAGGUUUUAAGAUAUGGCCAACCAGGCGCUAAUUUUCAUGAUAGUGAUUUGACAUCAAACAGAAAGUCAAGAGCAUACCAUUUAUCAUUUCAAAAGAUAAAAAAAUUAUAUAAAAAUAUAAUAAUUUAAUCACAGUUGCCUGGUACUUAAAGUACUCAUUGAAAUCUGUUUCAAUUACAUUUGUGAUAAAUAGAUCUGUGAAUAAAUACAUUUCAGAUAUUAUUUGCUCGUCAAAGAUGAGCUCUUAUUUUUGUUGACUUCAUCUUAAAACUGGAAUUCAUAUUGUCAUACCUUGUGUUCUUUUGCCAUUACUGUGUACAUGAAUCUCAUUUCUAAUUAAAGUAAAAAAAUGAGUACAGUGUUGAA